AAUUCGAUUCCAUUUAAUCUCUCAAAUAUAUAGAAACAGACAUCUCUUCACCUGGGAAAAUGAGACAUCGACCUCUUUUCACGAGUUGAUGGCUGUUUAUAAUAUUAUUGGCCCUACUCAUCUCUCUUUUAUCCUGCCUGCUGGUGGUGUUUUUAACACGAAAAAUGAUCAUAAAAAAUACAAGUGGUUGAGAAACCUUUUGUUACUUGAAUCGUUUUGAUAAUUGAGUUCAUUCAAAUGAGUAAUUGUUUUUGGUUUCUUAGAAAUCUAAUCGCUAAAAUUUCAAAUCGCCUCAUUUACAAACAAACUCCUCGCUAAAUGCGCUGUUGUGAACUGAGGAGGUAGUAGCGAGUGUACAGUUGAAUAGUGUGUGAGAAUCAGGCUGCCGUUCUUUAAUACCGAGUAUUUAUCGUUAUGAAAUUUUGUAUGUAAGUAAGGUCUGUACAAAUGUACAAUCAGUAGUAGAGGGUACAGUCAGUCUCACAUUGAUCAUUACGAAGAAUUGACUUGGCAAUUUCACUAGAGUGGAGUGAGCUAACAGAAUUGCAUUAUAUUAUUGCCCUGGCAUCCCGUACAUAGUGAAACUUGACUUCAUUCAGCGUUGAGCUACCGACUGAGCGACGCACGAGAGUGAGACGACACCGUAAACGCUUACAUACAUUAGUUUUUGACAAUUUAGUUUUAAAGAAAAAACUAUAAAAUUAGUCGGUUACAAAUUAGUUUGUAAUACAUAUAUUAAAAAAAAUGAUAAUAAUUCACACAGACAGUAGUAGAAAUGGGAGUGGUAGUAAUCCCGGUGUGGUGAUGAGACAUCGUGGAAGUCAUCGGACAUCAACCACAAACACUUUAGGAAAUAUUGUUCGAGUGGUUCGUCCCCAGAGGAAAGACUGGGUGCGGUUUGACUCUUCUGAUUCUGACUCUGAAAGUGAGGGUGGUAACGAUACGUUGAAAAGUGUGGAGAUUGACGAGUCCACGAAUCGUCUCAAUUUACAGUUGGAUUUGGACAGGUUGGAAAGUGUGGAGAUAAAUUUCGUCAAGAAGCGGAGGGGAGUGGGAGAGGGUGUGGUGGGAGUGCGACGAAAUAAAGCCAGUGACAUCCUAGUGAGAAAUUUGGAAAUUUUGAGACUGUCGGGAUUCUAUUAUGAGAAAAAUGAAUUCAACGGAGAGACCUGCACAAAACUCUUAUCGACAACUUCACCUGGUACCUUUUUGGUUCGUGAUUCGUCAGAUCCAAACUACUUAUUUACCUUGUCGCUUCAAACUGAAAGAGGACCAACCUCGGUGAGACUAGUUUAUUGGAAAACGGAGACCUCGGGUGGAGAAUUUCGUCUUGAUGCAGCCGACCAAAGAUUGAUCGGGGCACUUCCGGGAUUCGAAAAUGUGGUCAAACUAGUCCAGUAUUAUGUAGAGGAGAAUAAUCGUACGAAUUGUAAGAACAAAUUGGAGAGGAAAGGGUUAAAAACGUCCAAUCGCCAGGUUUGGAUAGACAGUGCGACGGGUAGGACGCAUUCAGCCGUGAAAUUAGUGACUCCUCUUCGACAAACAGUUCCUAGUUUGAAACAUUUAAGUCGUUUGGCGUUGAAUGGAUUAAGCUGUCGUGACCAUAUUUUCCUACCUGUACCCGUCCAGCAGUAUUUGCAAUCUUAUCCAUUCGUUUUGUGACUUUGGGGGUGGAUUAGGAUUGAAAAUUUAUAUUAUAUAUUUUUUAUUUAUUUAUUUGUCGAAAUAUCGAAGAAAAUAAACAUGGACUGAUUUUUUUAAUUGUUAAAAGAAUA